CAAUCGUGCCGCGCCGAGGACGACGACUGCUUCAUAUAGUGAUCGUCGACCAAUAUACAUACAGCGCCAACUUUAUGCUUCACACGGAUUCACGGGUCCCACAUUAACGUUGCACCUGAAACAACGAGUUGCUUACGAGAAGAGUUAUAGAUAAAGAUUUGGCGGAUUUAUUUUCGUGCCACGAGACGACAUUAUACGAGAGACUAUAACGUGUUCAAUCUCGGCACGAAUAAAUGACGAAAUUGUUGAAUUCCGCCGGUAUCCGCGGCAUCGAUAUCCCGUGUACGUUCGCCGCAUAUCUAUACGGUGACUCUGAGAGCCAUCGUCGCUGGUCGUCGAAUAUAACGAAUAUGUAUAACGAUAAAAAUGUCGCUUAGCUAUAAUAGCUAACAGCUAACCACGCCGGGCGAAGCAGGUGUGCGAAAAAGGUGUGUCACGUGACAUACGAUAAUAAUUGCCUUCCGAUAAUAAUCAUAAUAACCGAUGUGAUGCUACCGCAAUGUCCUUCACCUCGAGAACAAACAGAUGGGCCUCGAGAGUAAUUAUUAUAUUACAGCUGGUCACCUGGAACGCCGUUGGCAUCAUUCUUCUUCACAGAGGCGUCAGUACUUUGCAUAGGAGAAUCUUAGAAACCAACAAUGUUGUCGAGGUAAUGGAGGUAAAUCCUCCAACCGGUUUGGAGUCCGUCGUGUCGUCUACGAGACAUGAAUACGAUCUAUCUACCGAGCAACAACUGAUCGACCAGAACAUAGAGAUAAUAAUUCAGAUAGAUCCUAAUAGAUCUACGUCUCUGGAUGAUGAUAGGAAUCUCUCUGAAUUAAAUACAAUUAGAAACGAACGAUUAAAGAACGCAUCCGAGACUAUUUUGGAGAAGCAACGAUCUACGGUCUUCCUCGCGGAUUCUCUCGCAGUUUCAACGACCGAUCGAGGAACGUUGAACUCACAGCUGAAGACCAAUCACUUAACGAAAAUAAAUCGGCGUCCUGACGAUCAUGUCGAAGAUAAAGAUGUAACGGUCAACAAAAUCUCAAGAAUAACCCGAGACAAGGAGCUUAUCCUCGGUAACGAAAUUUCGAAUAACAUCCACGUGAAAAAAGACGUCACUGCAACCUCGGAUUAUUCGGAAUCCAAGACUGAGGGAUCGGUUUUGAGGGAGGAAGAGGAUCUCGAUCUCGCAGAAAACGCAACACGAGCUACAGUAGUACACGAGAUGACGCACGAGACGUCCACCCUCGGCAAGGGGGCCGAUCAGGACCAAUUUACCAUCAGGACAGACAAGAGCAACGUAAAUAAACUUUCCCGCGUGAACGAAAACAUCGCGACGACGGCGGUCGCUUUAGUAUCUAUCGGUGCGAUUAUGCUGCUGGUGGGGCCGAUUGUGAUCAUAAUGCGGAUUUUAGAUGAGAGGCGACAAGCGAGGAAGCUGAUGGCGUUGCCGUCGAGAUCGCGAGAGGAUCUGCCACCCACGUACGAGCAAGCCGUUCUCAUGGACGAGGCACCAAGGUAUUCGACGCUCGCGUUGAACUACGAUCGCACGCCGCCGCCCUCACCGACUCUCUCGUCCACCUACACCUUUUCGAACUCUACGACGUAGUUGUGUCCUAGGCGGAACUUAGACGAGGUUCCUUGUUGCUUUUUUGUAUAAUAAAAACCGAUUUUUACUAUGAGAUUGUUUUUUAAAUUAAAUAAUGAGCAUCCUUAUAUAGUUAGACAGGCAGAGAAGAAAUAGAGAAUUUGGAGAAAGAAUCGAACAAUCGCGUUUGUUUUACCGUUUUACGUAUA